AUGCCAUUUUCUACAAAAAGAUCUUACUCAGAUUUUGUCACAGGUUAUUCAUUUCAAAAUGAAUUAGGUCAUACAUCGGAUAUUGUUGAUGACAAUAUUCCACGUAAUUCAUCAUUUAAAAGUUCAAAAUCUCCAAGAUUUGAUACAAAUAAUUUUGAAAAUUUAAAUGAAAAUGAUAAUAACAAAAACAAGAAUACUUUAUUAGAUUCUUAUUUUGAUAUUAAAUAUAGACCAUCAAAUUUAUUAAGUUUAACUUCUAAAAAUAUUCAAUUCAAUAAUGAUUCAGCUAUUGAAACUGCUACUUCAAGUCAAGAUGAGGAUAACAAUAACAAUAGUUUUAAUAUUGAAUCAAAUUAUAGAGUUAAUUCUUCAAAUAGAAAAAGUAUCAGUAGACCUGGUUCUAUUUGUUCUUAUAAAAAAAACUCAGUACCAAAACAAGACUUAAUCGCUAGAGAACGUUGUUUUGAUUAUAUUAUUCAAGCAAUUGAUGAAGCUUGGGCAAUGUAUUGUAAUACAACAUCUUCUGCUGAAGCAGAAGUUUAUGGAAAUUUAAAUAACAAAAUGAAUAAAAUUUCUUAUCGUCAAUCUAAAGAAAGAACAUCUGAUGAAGAAACUACUGAAUAUUCAGAUAGUGACGCAGAUGAUUUUAGUUAUAAUUACAAUUGUAAUGGUAACAUUAGUGACGAUGAAACUACUGAAAGUUGUGAUGCCUUUGGUUACAAAUCAGAAGCUACUAACGUUGCUGAUGAUGAAACAGAUUCAAGUGAUUAUAGAACAGUAUCUGAAUUACCUGAUUGUAUGAAAUUUCAAUCUUUAAAAUGUAGAUUAACUAAAGCAAAAAAUGAUUUAGAAGAUUGUUAUGAUUCUAAAGAUUAUGAAGAUUGCAUUACAUUUUGGAACAGAUGGGAUAUGAUCAAGUAUAGUGCUGUUGAAAUCAUGGAAGAUGAUGAUGAUGACGAAGUCGUCGAAAACGCAUUGGAUGAACUUGAAGAAGGUAGAUGUUACCUUGAUUAA